GCCUCUCCCAGUCCCGCUCGGCCUCUGCCAGCCCCGCCGGAUCGACGUCCGUCUGCGCCAAUCAGAGGCGGGCCGGCCUCGGGCCCGCCCCCGCGCACGCGCCGUGGGCGGGGCGUCCGGAAGAGCGCGACCAUGGAGACCCAAGUGUCUGUGAUCCUCCCGGUGCACAACGCCGAGCCCUGGCUGGACGAGUGCCUGCGGUCGGUGCUGCAGCAGGACUUUGAAGGCCCCAUGGAGCUCUCGGUGUUUAACGACGCCAGCAAGGACAAGUCAAUGGCGAUCAUUGAAAAGUGGAAAGUGACGCUGGAAGGUUCCGGGAUCCGUGUGGUCAUUGGAGGGCACGACUCUCCUUCGCCCCGUGGAGUUGGAUAUUCUAAAAAUCAAGCAAUAGCACAGAGCUCAGGGUCUUACCUUUGCUUUUUGGAUGCGGACGACGUGAUGAUGCCGCCCAGAGUGAGGCUGCAGCUGGAGGCCGCCGUGCAGCACCCGGCGAGCAUCAUAGGCUGCCGAGUGAGGAGAGAGCCCCCCAACUCCACGGAACGGUACACGCGCUGGAUCAACCAGCUGACGUCCGACCAGCUUCUUACACAGGUGUUCACCUCCAACGGCCCCACGGUGAUCAUGCCCUCCUGGUUCUGCUCGAGAGCGUGGUUUUCGCACGUGGGCCCCUUCGACGAGGGCGGGCGGGGCGUGCCCGAGGACCUGCUGUUCUUCUACGAGCACCUCCGGAAGGGCGGCGGGGUCGUCCGGGUGGACCAGAGCCUCCUCCUCUACCGCUACCACCCCGGCGCGGCCACGCACGCCGUCCUGGAGACCACCAUCUGGGCCCACCGCGUCCACUUCCUGGAGGAACGGGCUCUGCCCCACUGGGCGACCUUCACCAUCUGGAACGCAGGCCGGCAGGGCCGCCGGCUCUACCGCAGCCUCACGGCAAGGGCGCAGCGCAAGGUGGUGGCUUUCUGCGACGUGGACGAGAACAAGAUCAAGAAGGGCUUUUACUGCUACGAGGACUCGCUUGAGAGGCCCCGGCCCCGGGUGCCCGUCCUGCACUUCCGCGCAGCCCGGCCGCCCUUCGUGAUCUGCGUGAAGCUGGACCUGACGGGGGGCGCGUUCGAGGACAACCUGAGGUCGCUGCACCUGCAGGAGGGCCGGGACUUCCUCCACUUCAGCUGACAGGCCCGCAGCAGCCGCGGCGUCGAGCAGGUAACGAGGGCUGGAGGGCAGGCCGGGGGGCACCCCUCUAGGGUGGGACCCAUGGGGGGGCGUGGCGGCUGGUGCACGGCAGACCCCGUGUGCGAGGGGCUGGCCCCUCACCCAGCAGGCGUGUGACCCCACCCCCACCACGCACCUGACAGGUUGCACACACUCUGCACACACACCUCAGACCAGGACACGGAACAUGUCCUCCACCACCCGUCACCCAGGGGACUGUGGGUCCCACACCGUGUGGUGACGGUACCAGGGCUGGUGGGUCA